AUAAUAAGAACAAGAACCAAAACAAACAAUUUUCUUUAUCGGUUUGGUUGCCCAAAGAAAGGUUUUUAUAAUUUUUUAAAUAAGUUUGCAGCUUGUUGUCCUAAAAACUCAACUAGCUAUGGUAACAUCGAAAGAAAUAUCCCAAAUGCAAAGGCCAGCCUAUAUAUUAGAUUUAAACGAUGAUUGUUUGGAAAUGAUACUACGACGCUUGGACAUUAUUCAACAAUACCAGAUAUCCAAGCUCCACACAAGAUUCAAGCAAAUUGUAAAAUCCCUUUGGCGUUGUAAACUCGACCAUGUUAGUCUACACUCUGAGAUGCUUGAGAAUUUAGAUGAUUCCAUGUUUGUGGCCUUUAUGAUGGAGAUGGCCCCACAUAUGAAGAGACUGACUAUGAGGCUCUGUGAUAUUAGAUACCUACGACUUCUAAGCGAUUUGGAAUUCGUUCAGACGGAAAGUUUCUGUUGGAUAGGCCUGACGGAGGGCUUGGACUCUGAAGAGUUGGAGGAUGUCGAGGUCGUGCGGGAAAAUCAUUUUCUAGAUGAAGAUGUCAAUAUGCUUGUGCGAAUAUUUCCCAAGUUGACAUCACUAAAGCUUAAGUCGUGUCAAAUAACUGGGAAAUAUUUGGCCCAUCUAUUGCCUUUGAAGCACUUGUCUUUGGAUACAUGUCAGUGCCUAGAAUCACAAAAUUUCCAAGAAGUAUUUCAAGAACUGAAAUUAAGAAAAUUGGACAUAAUGCAAGACUGCGACGAAAUCAAUUGCUGUGAUCUGAUUGAGCUAAAGAAGUGUCCCACCUUGGAGCAUAUCAAGAUAGCCGAUUAUCAUUUGUGCUUUGACACAGAUAUUGUUAAUGACAUUUUGCGUAUGCCAAGGCUUAAAAAACUCUCAAUUUAUUCGAAAAAUUUCGUUUUCGACGUUUUAGAGAGAAUUUCCCGAACAAAUCUCAAACAAAUUGAAGCUUUCAAAUUCAAUGGAGUGCUGCCAGACUUUGAAAGGUUCUUUCGUGAAUUAAAUCACAUGAACCAUUUGAAGAAGUUGUUCUAUGCCUGUCGAGGUUUUGACACCGAGGCUAUACAUGAUCAUAUGUUGAGUGAUAUAAGUAGACAAUUUACUGAAUUGGAAGAGAUUCAUUUAUGCUCAUGUGAUUUGGAAAGUGAACGUGGUGUUUUGAGUUUUGUCCAAAAUUGUCGUGAAUUGAGGCUGAUCAAUUUGUCUGGUUGCCUUCGUGGUAUUACGGAAUCUGUGGUAUGGCGUUGCAUCGAAAUGAUGAAGAAGCAGAAAUGGCGAACCAGAGAAUUGGAAAUUUGGCUCAAGGAUACUGAGAUUGAUAAAGGCAUAUUGCAGGAUCCUCGUUACAUGUAUAGCAAUCAAUAUCUCAAGCUAGAUUUCAAACAAUCUCUACAAGACUCAAAUCCACCGGGAGUUCUUAAAUUUACUUUUACCACAUAAAUUAAUGUUUAGAUAAUAUAAUUAAAUACCAAAAAAAAGCAUUCACAAUAUUUUUAUCAUUAUGAUCACUAUUAUACAUCACAUAAUAAAGCCAUACAAAAUCUAUUAUAUUU